AUGAGGAGUACACGUGCAGAUGACAGCAGCCGCCUCAGAAAAGAUAUACCAAAAUAUGUGCCACCAGACCCAUCCACUAUGAGUCUCAACCCACCAAUUCUGACUGGAAGCAAAAAAGAUCAUAGUGGGCUCGGAUUUGCCCACCCACAGCUUGUGUUGUUGCUUUGUCCUGCAAAGCAUGCAAAGGAAUAUUAUGGCAACCAAGAUGAAACACUCAUCAAACUGCUUGAUGGACGCAUCAGAGUUACAGCCAGCAAGCUCCCUGCAUUCAUGUAUAUAGGGUUUGAACCCGCUGAACAGUACAACCCAAAUGCUAUUCAUGAAGGGUUGCUUAAAGGCUAUUAUGUUCCGCGAGCAUAUCUUUACAGGGCCUGGGACGGCACUCAAGGAUCAAACCUCCAAGACAAGUAG